AUGGCCUCAAGUCUACAGACGAUCAGCUUGCCACACCUACCAUUGAUGCCCGUGCAUGUUGCUUUAUAUCGCGAUGUUCAAAAUGCUGCCUAUCUGAAAGGCGAACUUCUCGCUGGUCAUAAAGAAUUUGAGUAUGCGUUCAUUGAUGCGAGCAUGGUUCUGUCAAGGGCUCACGCCACUGCAGCAGUAUUCAGAGCAGUUAAUGAUUACAUGCACAAUCGACUGAAGUCUCAUAAUGUGCAUUCCGAGAUCGUGUUCUCGUUGAACCCUACGAAUAAUAUCGCCGAAUCAUUCCGUAGAUUCGGUAUUACUGAUUCAACCAAAGACCUGUUGGUGAUCAAGGUCUCUGUCUCUCCGGAGAUAACACAUGAAUCCGUUGCGGCCCACUUGGGCAGCUCGCUUCAAGGGACACCUGUGCUUUUCGAUGACCAGACACUCUCCGAAAUCUCUGAUAUCAACAAGAUCAAGAAAGCAUACAAGCUCGGGGCUCUGCCUUUGCCAAAGGCCAAGGAGAAUGAUGAGGCUAAGCAACGACUCGAAAAUUCCCUGUUGAGUGCAAUUGCCUUGAGGGGAUCAUGA